AUGAUUAUUCUAUCCUGGAAUGUUAGGGGUCUGCGACGACCUGAAAAGAGAAGGAAAAUUAAAAACUUAGUUAGGGAGAGGAAGAUUGAUGUCUUGCUGCUGCAGGAGACAAAGAGGAGUAAAGUAGACGACAAGUUCCUUAAGUCAUUAUGGCCAUGGGAGGAGCUGGAGAGCAUGGAGGUGGGGGCUGAAGGCAGUGCUGGUGGACUGCUAUGCUUGUGGAAUCCAAAAAUUUUUGAGCUAAAGGAGUGUUGCAGCAACAGAAAUUUCUUACUUUUAUCAGGUAUGGGUUUUCAUAAUUUUAGUUGUGUGAUUAUUAAUAUUUAUGCACCCAAUGAUGUAUUGAAAAGAAGACAGUUAUGGUAUGCUUUAGCCCAGCUUAAAUCAGCUUUCUCAAGUCCCUGGUGUAUAGGUGGAGAUUUUAACGAAAUAAGAUUCAUGAGUGAAAGAAAAGGAUGCUUUAGAUGGGAAAGAGGGAUGAAGGACUUCAAUGAAUUGAUUGAAAAGUUGGAACUGAUUGAUAUACCAAUGCUAGGCAGAAAAUUCACUUGGUGUAAUGCGUUGGAUGGAGAUAGAUGGAGCAGGAUUGAUAGAUUCCUUCUAGAACCUAUGUGGUUGGAAAGAUUACAGUUGAAACAAACAGUGGGGGCUACCUCGAACCAUUUCUGA